CAACAACCCCAAAAACCUUUCAUUUCCUUCAUCAACUUUAAAAAAAAUCCCAUUUUUCCCAUCUUCUCCAAAUUCAACUUGAUCCUAAGAACAAACUCAAAAAAAAAAAAAAAAAAAAAAAGAAAAUGGGUUUCAUCAAGAAGUCAUCAUCAUCAUCAUCGACAACGGCGAGGAACAACAAUGUGGUGCCGAAGGGGCACUGCGCGGUGUACGUGGGGGAGAGCCAGCAGAAGAAGCAGAGGUACGUGAUCCCUAUCACGUACCUCAGCCAGCCCCUCUUCCAGGACUUGCUCACUAAAGCCGAGGAGGAGUUCGGGUUCAGCCACCCCAUGGGCGGCCUCACCAUCCCCUGCUGCGAGCACGUCUUCGUCGACAUCGCUUCCCGCUUGAACCGCAUCUGCUAAUCACAUAAUUAAUUAAUCACCCAAUUAAUUGCUUAAUCAUCAAUUAGCAGCGCCGCCGCCGCCGUAUGUGACCGAGCUGAUCCAGGACCCGUUUUCGCCGUCGAAAUCCUUUUCUUUUUUUCAUCAUAUAUAUACAUAUAUGAUUAUAUUUUUUGCGAAAUGCUGUGAUCGAAGCAAUUCGUUUAACCAAUUAAGGAUUAUUAUUCAUAAAUUUAUAUAUAAUAUAUAUGGACUACUCCGUAUUAAUUAAUUGUACGUACAUAUAUGGCCGCAUAUAUACAUAGUACGUAGUUUUUAUAUGUACUCCGUAUAUGAUUGGAUUAUG